AUGCCUAUUGCCAAUCUUUCCGGCAAAGUUAUUAUAAUCACUGGCGCAAAUUUGGGUAUUGGACUGGAAGCUGCUCGCGCUCUGGCAGACAUGGGCGCUCAGAUUGUCUUGGCAUGUUGUGACAAAUCAAAAGGAGAAGAAGCAAGGAAAGAGAUAAUCAAGAGUACCGGCAAUUUGAAUGUUGAGCUUGAGAUCCUUGAUUGUGGAAGCUUUGCAAGUCUGUGCAUUCUUGGGCAGGUGGGAGAAGAGGAUUUCAAGAAGGAUGGCACAAGUGGUGUGGUCAAUGGUGUUGCAGCGCCGGCUCUCCAGGAUGGAAGGAUGGAAGGGAAUCACUGUGCACUCCUGUCAUCCAGGCAUAGUGAGGACUUCAAUCUAGUCUUGGCCUACUGGGAGGGAGCUAUAAAUGUUGUAUGGCUCUCUAUUGCACCUGAACCAGUAACGCCUGGGAUGGAAGGUCUGUUGUGGGCUUGCAAAGUGGAUGUGGUUAAGACAUGGACUCUCGAUCUACAACUCCAGGAUGAACUGUGGGAUAUCUGGUGCAAAGAGACUGAUGCACCGCUAUUGUAG